UUCGAUCCACGAUUUACUUACAAAUAAAUCACCUAGAAAAAUCGAAGUAUUUAAAAAAUCAAGUUUUCAUUUUGUUGAAAAACACGCAAAAAGAAAAAACACCGAUCCGAAGUUUUGGGUGAACAUCAAACACAAAGUACAAUCUCAUUAUUCUUGCAUCUAUGCCACGACCACAAUUGCGUCUUCGUGAGUGAAAUUGAAGAAAGAAGCUAGCAGAACCAGAAAGUUUCUUCUUUAUCACAUUCACAUUCUUGGUUUUCUUUAAUUCGUUCGUAUAUAGUUUCAAAAUUGUUAACAAGUGCUUCGCGAGGUAACAAGUUGCGUCAGAUAAUUCCACCAUGGCUGGAGUGAUUAUACCCGACCAAUUGACGACUAUAGAGAAGUCCAAAGUUUUGCUAGUGGGAGCCGGCGGAAUUGGUUGUGAAGUUUUGAAAUGUCUCGUACAGUCUGGAUUCAAACAGAUUGACGUUAUCGAUAUGGAUACGAUUGACGUCAGUAAUUUGAACAGGCAGUUUUUGUUUCGUAAAGAACACGUAGGAAAACCGAAAUCCGAAGUUGCUAAAGAUAGUAUUCUACAGCACUAUCCUGAUGUGUCGAUAAAAGCACAUUUUAGAAGUAUUAUCGAUUCAGAAUUAUGUGUGAGUUGGUUUAAGAAUUUCAACUUAGUGAUCAACGCUCUGGAUAAUGUAACUGCCAGAAUCCACGUUAACCGAAUGUGUUUGGCGGCUGAAAUUCCAUUAAUUGAAUCCGGUACUCAUGGCUACGAAGGCCAAGCUGAAUUAAUCAUCAAAGGAUUGACUAAGUGUUACGAAUGUGAACCAAAGGAGAAACCGAAGACAUUCCCUAGUUGUACAAUUAGAAAUACUCCUUCUGAGCCAAUUCACUGUAUCGUUUGGUCAAAAAAUUUAUUCAAUCAGUUAUUCGGUGAAGAAGAUCAGCUCGGCGAAGAUAGCGUUUCACCUGAUACUGAAGAUCCAGAAGUUGCCGGUUCCGCCGCUGAUUCUGCUCUAACAAAAGCCGCCGGUGAUGGGUUAAUUAAUCGUAAAUCUACUCGCGAAUGGGCCAAAGAAUGUAACUACGAUCCUCCCAAGUUAUUUCAUAAAUUUUUCUACGAAGAUAUUCAGUACCUCUUAUCAUUACACGACUUGUGGAAUAAGAGGAAGCCACCGAAACCAAUGAAAUUUGAAGAAAUCCCCGAUUCGGAACCGUCUACUAGUACCAACGGUACCGAUGAAGUUUUGAAAGAUCAACGUUUAUGGAGCAUUAAAGAAUGUGUUGAUGUAUUUUGCGACAGUAUUAAAACUCUCAAAGAUAAAUUCCUUUCGGUCCAAGGCACAUCAGAGAAUUACUUGAUCUGGGAUAAAGAUGAUAAACCAGCGAUGGAUUUUGUUACGGCCUGCUCUAAUAUAAGAUCUUUCAUCUUUGAAAUUCCGAGAAAGAGCAGAUAUGACGUAAAAUCGAUGGCUGGAAAUAUCAUUCCAGCAAUAGCUACAGCUAAUGCCAUGGUUGCCAGUUUAGUCGUUUUUCAAGCUGUAAAUGUAUUGAGUGGUAAUGUUAAAGCAUGCCGAACUGUUUACUUGCGGCGUGAACCAAAUCAUAAAGGAGAGAUAAUGGCACCGGAAAGAGAUCUAUUGCCACCCAAACCCACCUGUUACAUUUGCUCUUCAAAUCCAGAGGUGACGUUGAGCGCAGAUCUGCAUAAGUUAACGAUUAAACAGUUCGAUGAAGAAGUAUUGAAAAAGUGUUUGAACGUAAUUGAACCCGAUGUAACCAUUUCUGAAAGUUCCUUGACCAUAUUAACCAGUGAGGAUGAUUACGAAGAAGAGUAUUUGAGUCGCACAUUAUCGCAAUUCGGCAUCAAAGAAGGAACUCUGUUGUACGUCGAUGACUUUUUACAAACUUGUAAAUUCUACAUCCGUGUCUCCGAAAGAACCGUUGAAAACGAACGUGAAACUGCUCUGUUCGAAAUAGUAAGACAUGCCGAAAUAACUUCCGCACCUGAUAAAGAAAACGAUAAACAAAACGGUCACGCUGAAGAACCCGAGGAAGAGGAAGAUGAUGUAAUAAUGGUCGAGAAUGGUGACUCGGCGGAAGUUAAAACACUCAAAAGGAAAGUUGAAGAAGACGUUGUAUUGCCAGAGAAAAAACAAAAAGUUUAGCUCUUUCGUAUUCUCAUUCAAAUCAUUUCAAUUGCGUUCCAAAAUUCAUCGGCUUUUAAUUCUGGUUUUCGUCAAGUUUAUAUACAAUAAACGUAAAAAUCCUGAUGAAGAAAAUUAUUCAUUAUUUUUACUGGAAUCAGUUAGAAUACACUUUGAAUUUUGUUACAAGUACGUUCCUUUUUAUUCUUCAGAAUAGCUCUUCAAAUUCGGUAUAUUUUUUUUUUGAAUUUCAUUAGUUUUAGUGUGUGCUUUUUUGUAACGAAUGAAUUACGUGAUUUUUUAUGAGUUACUCCUGCGUUUUUACAACAAUAAAAUGAAGUUUAUAAUGUG